AAGGUCCACCACCACUGCUGAUUUGUUUUCAUCAAUUCUUUUUGGUUUGGCUUGGCGAAUAAAUUAGGACAAAUGAGGCAUCAUUGCGGGCGAUGCAAAUUGUGACCAGCGGGCAGGAGCAGCGGCAUGCGACACCGACACCAGCGGAGCAGCACAACCUGGCCAGCGUUGUAAGGGAUUCACCGGACAGCCGGAUUCCACUUGAAACAAAAACCAGCGGAGCACCCGCAACCGAGCAAGUGGUUCCUACAUGUUCCCCCUCCCAGCAACACCCCUUCUCCACCUCAUCAUCCCGCAGCCGCGACAAAUGUAAAUUUUAAUUGAAGCCAAUUGAGCGCGCACACCCGAAAACACGCACCAAACCCAAUAAAACCAAGCCGAAACCGUAAUCAAAACACUCACCCGGAGGAGGGCUCCGUUGGACAAGAUUCCGCGCUUAACCUGUUCAGGCGGUGGCGACGGCGGCGGUGGUGGUGCAAUAAAUGGACAUAAUUGCUCUAAUUGGACAGAGCAGCAGCAGCAGUGGCAGUGGGAUCGGCAGCGGAGGAGCACCCCCCCGGACAAUAGGAUGGCACAAUUCACACUCUACAACAAACACAGUACGCCGCCCAACAGCGACAGUACGCGUGUGGACUGCGAACACGUACCGCUGUGCUCUAUUAACGAUGUGCAGCUAAGGUUCCUGGUGCCCGACGAUCUGACGGAGGUGCGCCAGCUGUGCCAAGAAUGGUUUCCAAUCGACUACCCACUAUCAUGGUAUGAGGAUAUUACCUCAAGUACGCGCUUCUUUGCGCUGGCUGCUGUAUAUAAUCUGGCCAUAAUUGGUUUAAUCGUUGCCGAAAUGAAACCUUAUCGAAAUGUCAACAAGGAGGUAAUAGCCAAUAUGGGUGAUAGUGAUGAGUUGUACACCAGGCUGAGCGGUUUUCCCAUGCAGGAUAAGGGCAUCCUGCCGGACUCGAUGGGUCGUUCUGCCGACGUUGGCUAUAUCUUGUCGUUGGGCGUUCAUCGUUCGCAUCGCCGGAAUGGUAUCGGAUCGCUGCUGCUGGACGCGCUAAUGAACCACCUGACAACGGCCGAGCGGCACUCGGUGAAGGCGAUCUUCCUGCACACGCUGACCACCAACCAACCUGCCAUAUUUUUCUAUGAAAAGAGAAGAUUCACGCUACACUCAUUUAUGCCCUACUACUACAAUAUACGGGGCAAGGGCAAGGACGGUUUCACCUAUGUGAACUAUAUAAACGGAGGUCAUCCACCCUGGACACUAUUAGAUCACAUCAAGCACUACGCCUCCAAGGUGCGGCACACCAGCAGCUUGUGUGCCUGGGUGGCCGGUCGAGUCCAGCAGGUGGUGCGGUGGUUUUACCACAAGCUGCUCACCCGCUUCAACUUCAUCGAGUGAAUCGAGUCGAGGAGGACUACCGCACAACUGGCCAAGCAUCCGCAUCCUUCCGAGAUACAAGCACUUCAAAGGCGACGAUGAUUGUGUGUCCACCGCAUUAUGUCAUCCCGUCGAGCAUAGAUAAACAAACACAAACAUUUAUAUGUACACCUGCACCCACUCACCACACAGACACACCUUCAUUAUAAAUGUUAGGCAACACCUCCGCAGAAUCAUUACGUUUUUAUACAGAAGAGAGAAAACGAUCUAGCAAAGAACAACAUAAAAGGCAUAAGUAGAAAGUUGUAACAUAAUUCGAUAAGUGUAUUAUUACGUUUUAAAAGAUAUCUAUCUGUUCACUGCUGUAAAUAGUCUUACGAUGUUUUGUUUGAAUUGCUGUAACCGAGUGAUUUGGAAUAUCCCCCACUUUUGAAUGCAGUAACCUGUAGCCCGUGUGUAUGUUUUUCUUACGUUUUAAGUUCCACGCACAAGACAGUCAUUUAGUUUAGCGACAACCAACAACAAAGAUGCUCACGCUUUAAUGCUUAAUUUAUGAAAUCUGCACGUAAAUAGCUUUGAACUGAGACCGAAUUAAUGUUUUAUGGCAAAACCAGUUGAAAACCCAACCAACCACUAAAACGAUAAUUAUUUAAAAUCAAACUCUGUUCGCUGUUUCUAUAGUAUUUUGUAAAAGUAUUUUAAUGCAUAUUGUUUCGCAACUAAUUCUGAUUACUUUAGGCACAAUUUAUCUAGCAAAUUGUAAUAUUUUUUAAAAUAAAAACUUGUAAAGUUA